CAAGAAAAAUAAAGGACAACACACAGAGAUUUGCAUUGCAAUCCAAGUUCUACCUAUAGAAUCUUAAAACACUUAAUUUUCCUUUACAUCAUGAAUAGCUCCCAAAACACGAGUUACCAAGCUGGCCAAGCCAAGGGCCAAGCUCAGGAGAAAGCUAGUGGUCUGAUGGAGAAAGCUAGCAAUGCUGCACAAUCCACCAAGGAAUCAAUUCAAGAGGCGGGUUCUCAAGUGCAGCUCAAAGCACAGGAAGCGGCUGAUGCCACCAAAGAGAAGCUCGGGAUGAACAAAUGAUCACAUACAUUUUUCAAGAUAUUCCUCAUUUAUUUUUCCUAUUCUAUUUUAAGUUGUAAUCGAUUUGGGACUCGAAUCCGUUUUUAUACCCAAAUAAAAGAAAAAUAAAAAACAAUUACCUUGAUCCC